CCUUAUCUCUCUCCGUACCCCUUCACAUCCAUCCAAACCUGCCCGUUGCUAGCACGACAAGGGCACUUCCCCAUAAAAAACAGAACAGCUUUCCCACUGUCGUCAGGAAAAACGGCGUUACAUGCCAACCCAACACAUUUUGAGGGAACCACUGUAAACGCCGUUAAAACCCCAUCCCCGGGAAGGAAGGGGAAGCCGCCUUUAUUAUAUAUUUUUUAAUUAUUUAAUUUAUAAUCUGGCCUAUCUGGUCCCCUUGACUCCUACCCUCCUGAUUAGUCCACCGGGUGUAGCCGGUUACCGCCGGUUGUUUCAGUGGGUUAGAAAUUGACCGCGGUUGAAAUGAUUGCUAUUGCUCCUCCACAGUUCUGAGUCACCCUUGGUUAAGUCUCCCGACCCCUCGUCAGUCACGCACACAGACAGACAGAGACGAGAAAGAAAGCAAAAAAAAUCAGAGAGAAACAGAGAAAAGCUUAAUUUUUUUUUAAAUUUCUUUUUUUCUGGGUUUGUACGAGCUCUGAUUUUUCUUCUGCUGCAAUUGAUGUACGUGGAAGAGAAGAAGAUAGAGGCUGAGGUGUGUUUUGGCAGAAGGGAAAGCGACUAGAGAUAGAAAGUGGCAAGGAAAGAGAUUUGUUUGAUGCGUAAAUCGAGAAGAUUGGUGGUGAAUUGAGAGAAACAUAGGCUUCUUUUCGGCCGUUUGAUCAGAGUCUUCAGAGAAACAGAGAGAAAGAAAGAGCUGUUCUUUGAGGUGCAGAAGAGAGAUAGGUUUUGAUGAGAGUGGUGAUAUGGUAGAUUGAGUGGAAUUCAGGUUAGAGUUUUUAGUUUCAAAGUGAAGAAUUCGGGAGUUUAUCAGAUGUGAGAUCUGAGCUAAAAGGAUUUAGAAGAAAUGACAACUACUUCGGAGGUAUCGAUUAAAGGAAACUGUGUUAACGGAAGAGGGGGAGAGAGUUUUUCUUCUGGUUAUAGUGAGCCAAAUGAUGCUAGGAACACCAUGGAAGGGCAAAAUUGUCCUUCCACCACUCGUACAGCUCCCGUCAGAGACCCUGAAACAGCGCUGUAUACGGAGCUAUGGCAUGCAUGUGCUGGACCUUUGGUGACCGUCCCUCGCGAAGGAGAGCGUGUGUUUUACUUUCCUCAAGGUCACAUAGAACAGGUUGAGGCUUCUACUAAUCAGGUAGCUGACCAGCAGAUGCCAGUUUAUAAUCUUCCAUCAAAGAUCCUUUGUCGUGUAAUUAACGUUCAAUUAAAGGCUGAACCGGAUACGGAUGAGGUUUUUGCGCAAGUGACUUUACUUCCUGAACCUAUCCAAGAUGAGAACAACGUGGGCAAGGAGGCUCCCAUUCCUCAACCAUCACGGUUCCAAGUGCAUUCUUUCUGUAAGACCCUUACUGCCUCAGAUACAAGCACCCAUGGUGGGUUUUCAGUGCUUAGGCGGCAUGCGGAUGAAUGUCUUCCACCAUUGGACAUGUCGAGGCAACCUCCAACCCAGGAGUUGGUUGCUAAGGAUUUGCAUGGAAAUGAAUGGCGAUUCCGGCAUAUCUUCAGGGGUCAACCACGAAGGCAUUUGCUUCAAAGUGGUUGGAGUGUUUUUGUUAGCUCCAAGAGGCUUGUUGCAGGGGAUGCAUUUAUAUUUUUAAGAGGUGAGAAUGGAGAACUACGUGUUGGUGUACGGCGUGCAUUGAGGCAGCAGGGAAAUGUUCCUUCAUCAGUAAUAUCGAGUCAUAGCAUGCAUCUUGGUGUGCUUGCUACAGCAUGGCAUGCCUACACAUCAAGAACUAUUUUCACUGUGUACUACAAACCUAGGACAAGCCCAGCUGAGUUUAUCGUUCCAUUUGAUCAGUACAUGGAGUCGGUAAAGAACAAUUACUCGAUAGGUAUGAGGUUCAAAAUGAGAUUUGAAGGUGAAGAAGCACCUGAGCAGAGGUUUACUGGAACAAUUGUUGGAAUCGAAGAUGCUGAUCCCAAAAGGUGGCAGGAUUCCAAAUGGAGAUGCCUCAAGGUGCGAUGGGAUGAGACUUCUACUGUACCUCGUCCAGAGAGAGUUUCUCCUUGGAAAAUUGAGCCUGCUUUGUCUCUUCCUGCCCUGAAUCCCCUUCCAAUGCCUAGGCCAAAAAGGCCUCGAUCCAAUGCGGUACCUUCAUCCCCUGAUUCCUCUGUGCUUACCAGGGAAGGUUCAUCUAAAGUUAAUGUAGACCCUUCACCAGCUAGUGGGUUUUCAAGGGUCUUGCAAGGUCAAGAAUUCUCGACCUUGAGAGGCAACUUUGGCGAGAGUAACGAGUCUGACACUGCUGAAAAGUCGGCAAUGUGGCCACCUUCGGUAGAUGAUGAGAAGACUGAUGUGGUUUCUGUUUCAAGAAGAUUUGGGUCAGAGAAUUGGAUGCCCUCUGGGUGGCACGAGCCAACAUACACAGAUCUGCUCUCAGGUUUUGGGUCAAAUGCUGAUUCCUCACAUGGGUAUUCCCCAUCCUUGGUUGAUCAAACUUUGUUAGCUGGUAAUCUAAUGAGAAAACAAUCACUAGAUCAAGAAGGGAAGCUAGGGUCUCGGUUCCUCAUUCCCUCUGGUCUCUCACUCAAGUUGGCUGACACUAAUUCAAAGCUUCCUGUCCAAGGUUCUGAUGUGUCUCAUGCACGAGGAAAUGGUAGAUUUAGUGGUUUUGGUGACUAUCCUAUACUUCAAGGUCAUAGGAUCGAGCCCUCAUAUGGAAACUGGUUGAUGACUGCCCCAACCUCAUCUCAUUAUGAGAAUCCAGUCCAUUCAAGAGAUUUAUUACCCAAAACAUCAUUGGUACAAGAGCAUGAGAAUGGAAAAUCUAGAGAAGGAAACUACAAGCUCUUUGGUAUUCCUCUCUUUAGUAAUUCUGUUGCAUCAGAGCCCCCAGUCUCUCAUAUUAAUGCAUUGGCUAAGCCAGUGGGUCAUAUGCAAGCUGCAUCACAUAACGUUUGUGCAUUUGAAUCUGAUCCAAAGUCUGAAAAGUCAAAGGUCUCACAAUUGGCUGAUGAUCUGUCUUCUUUUAAUGAGAAGGAGAAAGUGAUUCAGCUGGGUCAAAGCAGAACUCCUAGUGCUUCAACUAGGAGUUGUACGAAGGUUCAUAAGCAGGGGAUUGUUCUUGGUAGGUCUGUGGACCUUACUAAGUUCAACAACUAUGAUGAACUGAUUGGUGAAUUGGAUCAAUUGUUUGAAUUUGGAGGCGAAUUAAUGGCCCCAAAAAAGAAUUGGCUUGUUGUUUAUACUGAUGAUGAGGGUGAUAUGAUGCUUGUGGGAGAUGAUCCUUGGGAGGAGUUUUGUGCCAUGGUUCGCAAGAUUGGUAUCUACACUAAGGAGGAGGUCCAGAAGAUGAAGCCAGGAUCGAGUUCAAAGGGUGAGGACAAUCCAGUUUCUGUAGAAGGCCUAGAUGCAAAAGAAGUGAAAUGUCCAUCAACAUGUAGUGCAGAAAAUUCUUAGGCGUGGUUGUAAUGGUUCUAGGUAAUAUUCUAGCUCUUUGGUGGAGGCAUCAGGAAUGAUAUAUUGACAUUCCAGCUGGCUAGCCUGGAUUAGUUUGAGUUGAAAGUGAGUCUAUUGGAAGCAAGUUUGUCUCAGAAAUCAGAAUCAGAUAUUAGAUGGAACGAAUGGUAUGAAUCCAGUUUUGGACAUGCUGUGGAGGUAGUAGUGUAUGAUGUCCUUUAUAUACAGAAAUAUGUAUACCCGAAUUUGAAUUUCGAGCGCGGCUACACCAGCCUUGCUUUUGCAACCACCCUCCUUGUACAGAGAUGUUUUACCCCCUUUCAAUCUGUGAAUGCAAGUGAAUACACCAUCUAAUGUCUUUUCAAGUAAGCUUAUCAUUUUGUUGGUUUUUAUGUUUCUUCCAAUCUAUGAGAAGUGUUAAAUCAUGAAAUGGGGUGCAUUUCUGCAAGGAUAUUUAUUGUCUUUACUAACAGCUCGUAGUAGAAACUCUUCUGCUUAGCUGA